AUGUCGCUGAGAGCCGCCUCCCAGUUGGACCUCCACGCCAGCCCUUCCUCGCUGGGCCCGUGGAAGCCACUGUCCCUCAGCAGUGGCAGCGUGGAGGGCCGGCAGUCCCGCGCCAGGGACGGCCAGGAGGAGGCGCCGGCUGUGCCGAGAACCUGCCGGCGACCCGUCAGAGCGGUGCGGCCCGUUAGCGCGCUCAGCCCCAAUGCCUCCUUUCUGCAGAUUAACCGCCUGCAGGGGGAGCUAGUGAGGAAGAGAAAGGAAUGCGAAGACCUGAAGCAGGAGAACAAGUUCCUGUCUAAUGAGAUCCACAUGGAGCGUAUAAUGAUGCGCACGGAGAACGAGCUGACCAUGAGGAACCUGCGCAGCCUGAACCAGGAACUCCAGGGACAGAUCAAGGAGCUGAAGCAGAAGCUCCACAUCAGCCAGCAGAGGGUGACACUGUGCUCAAAGGCAGCAGAGGAUGCAGAGGUGUCUCACGGUGAGGCAGAGAGGGCCCGGGGCAUGGCAGAGGCCAGACUGCUGGACAUCCAGAAGGACCGGGAGUUGGUGCUGGCUGAGAAGAUGCAGGUGGCGCAGGAGCACCAUCUGCUGAAGAACCGGCACAUGGAUAUUCAGCUGCUUCUGGCCCAGACGGAGAAGAACUACUUUGAGACCAAACUGAAACUGGAUAGGGUCUCCUCUGAGAAGCAAGUUCUCGUGGAGGGGAACCGUGGCCUGGAGGAGGACAAGAAGGAGCUGAGGACGAGCCAGAAGCUGCUCGCUGAAGAAAACGCGAAACUCCGAGAGAAGGAGACAAGCAGCCGCCGUAAGGCCCUAGCAGCUGAGGAAGUCUGUGAGCGUGUGUCCCAGGCGCGGAGAGACGCGGAUCGCCAGUGCCGGGUAGCAGAGCAGGAGGCGCGCGAGCGAGCGCAGGAGAGCCUGAGUUGGAAGGAGAAGCACCAGGCGCUGGCAGCCACACUCAAGGCCCAGGAGGACCUCCGCUCACAGAGACAGAAUAAGGCGUGUCAAGCAAACAUCAGAAGCUACUUCCUGUGUGUGACUGAGAGUGACCAGCGGAUCAAGAUCUUGAAGAAUCCUGAUGGGUCACCCAGGAACUUCACGGAGGGGGACCCCGUUUACAUCUCCACGGCUGAUACCGGAGGUGAGGAUGCAGGGGAGAGGACCCAGGAGAGGACUAUAUACCGAGUGACAGCGCCUAGUGCUAGGAGCAGUUUUGGCCCCGCCCACUUCUCAGAGCUGUCACCAAUGGGGCCAGAGGCACCUGACACAGGUCCACGGCGGAGUGGCCGGAGAGUCGUCGAAUACUUCUGGCUACCUACUGAUGACCAAUGAAAGGAACAGCGUGAACAUCUUUUUCAGUUAUAGGACACAGAGUGGUGUAGUCUUAAGGUGUUUAAUAGCAACUUGUAGGCAGUGGUACUUAAAACUAUGAUUAGAAUUUGUAAUGAUACUCUGGAAUAUUCCUACAAAGAUUUACCAUGUUUCUCUCCCAGGA